AUGGCUAAAAAACCCACUUUACCCGAAGAAACCCUCACUAACAUCCUCUCAAGACUCCCUAUCAAAUCCUUAACCCGUUUCGAAUCCGUUUCUAAACCCUUCUCUGCUUUGAUCAACUCCCCUGAUUUCAUUUCCGCACAUCUCCGCCGUUCUUCUCGACAUUUCUCCUUUUUCAUUCGCCAUUUUCAUAACCCAUCUGGUUCUAAUUUCUCCUUUUUCUUAAUCAAUAACCAACCCGUUGAUGUUGAGGUUCCUCUUUUGGGUUCCUUAAUUAGGUUCCCAAAAAUUGUUGGUUCUUGUAAUGGUCUAGUUUGUCUCGAUAUCUCAUCGUGUUACGCGAUGGGGUUUGUUCUAUGGAAUAUUUCUAGGAAGCAGUACUCUUGUCUUCCUAGUCCAAGAAUCGAUAAUUCUCGUGGACCCUUUUGGAUGGUCUCAACUGGGUUUGGAUUUGAUCGCCAAAAGAAUGAUUACAAAGUUGUGAGGAUAGUGAGUUUUGGCUGCGGAAAGGAUGAAUCACCUGUUGUGAUGGUUGAGGUUUUUUCGUGGCGGACUGGUUGUUGGAGAGUGAUUGAUGGGAGAGUGAUCGAAGAGAGUAUUGGGUCUUGUGUGAUUCAUGAAGGGCAAAAUGGUGUCGUUGUUAAUGGAGGAUUGCAUUGGUUGGGUAAUAGUGCUGGAAGAUCAGGUAAUAUUCAAAAGUUUAUUGUGUCAUUUGAUUUGGUUACUGAAGAGUUUAGGAAGAUACCAACACCGGACUUUUCGGCCGGAGUUUGUGUUAGAAUUAUGGGGUAUAAAGGGUCACUUGCACUGGCAUAUUAUCCUGCAAGGGGUGUGGGUGUUUAUGCUGGAUAUGGAAGGCCUGGGGCCGCUGAUCGGAUUGAUCUUUGUGUAUGGGAAGAUAAUGGUGGUGCUGAUGAUAAGGUUUGGACUAAAUUGAAUACAAUGCAAUUAAAUACUUUUGGAUACCCUGUUGGUGUUACAAAUGAGACUGGAUUGAUAAUGAGGAAAUUGGAGGGACAGUUUGCUCAAUUUUUCUUGUGUGAUCCAAGUAAUCAAAGCUACAGAAGGCUGCAUAUCUGUGAAGCUGCCUUCUCAUGUGAUAUUCACAGCUAUGUCGAAAGUUUAGUCCCAGUGAGUGCAGGACAUGACCAUCAGGUUAUAGAAGGCGAGCUCAGUGAGGUAUGA